AUGGAACAACACACGCAGCAGCGUGAGGAGCGCGGUGUCACACCGACGGCAAGCACGGCAAGCACGACCACAGCCACCACCGCCACGGCAACGGCUGUGAAGGUGCGCGUGUUUGGCGAGCCGGUGGAGGAGGUGAACGCGCAUGUGCGCCUGCACGAGCACGCCGACAACCACCUCUUCGUGUACACGGUGCCGACCGCGCACUCCACCUUUGAGGUGGUCUCCAACGUCGCUCCUGAGGACAUCCACGGCUAUGUGCUGCUGCGCCCCGGGCAGAUGCGCAAGGGGAGCAGCGAGCUGGUGCAGAUCACGCGCGUGGUGGGCGUGUGGUCGUGCGGCGUGUUUGUGCCCGCCGACGAGACCCCGGAGGCGGUGACCACCUCCGCGUGGCUGGCAAAGCAGCAGCAGGACAAGCAGGCGGCUGCAGGCAAGGGCCGCAGGAAGACGAAGAAGCAGGCACGCAAGGGGUUCUGGCAGACGCGCAAGGACAACGGGCCGUCCACCACCGUGCACGUGGUGAACGACCGCCUCUAUGCGCAGUUUGUCAAGUGGCCGAGCAUCGACCACCUCAACGGCCUUGCGCGCGACUGUCGGAAGGCCCUGCCAACCCCCGCCAGCGUCACCUACCGCGCCAAGGUCAAGCUGCACGGCACCAACGCCGCAGUGCAGGUGCACCCGGAUGGCACGCUCGUCACGCAGAGCCGCAAGAACAUCCUCGGUAACGGGUUUGACAACGCCGGCUUUGACGCGUGGGUGCAGAGCACUGCCGAGUCCUGGACAGCCCUGCGCAUGCAAGGCAAGGGAACCACGACAGCAACGACGAAGACGACGAUGAAGACAAUGUGGGAGGUUGACUACCACGGCCCGAUGGAGGUGCUUGUCGAACCGGAAGACAUUCGGCAGCAUCUGCAGCCUGUGCUGGAGCGCAACGACGCUGUGCACGUGCUGCCGUGGCACGGUGAUGCGGUGGACAUCAUGCUGGGGCGGGAGCAGGCAGAGGACGACAAGGACGGGGAGGAUGAAGCGAAGACGGAGAAGAAGGCAGUGGAAGGAGGGGAGAUGGUCGAGACCAAGGACCGGGUGGAAGGCGAGGAAAACAAAGGGAAGGACGAACAACAGCAGCAGCAAGUUGAAGAUCAGCAGGAAGCUGGAGAACAACAACAACAGCAGCAGCAGGAAGCUGGAGAACAACAACAGCAGCAGCAGCAGCAGGAAGAAGAGUCGACGAUGACAAAGCAAAAGAAGAAGAAGGACAAGGUGAAGAUGAAGAACACGUGGCGCGUGCACACGGGCAACGACCACAAGGAGAGCAACGCAGCCUCCAUUGCAUGGAUCAACGAGGCUGUGGAGCGCAUUGGCGUGCGUGACCCCUGGGUGCACGCAACCUUUGGCGUGGAGGGGCGUGGCGAGGGCCUUGUGCUGACGGCGGUGAUGGUGGACGGCGUGCCCCAGCGCUACAUGCACCAGCACGCCGCGUUUAUGUUCAAGGCCAAGGUGGACGAGCACGCGGUGAAGAAGCAGAGCAAGCCUGCGCAGAUGAAGACGGAGGUGCCUGCCUCCAUGACGGCGUUUGUUCGUGACGUGGCUGUGACCGCGCGGCGGUGCGAGCAGGGCGCGCAGGAAUGUGGCGGCGAGCGUGGUGUGGGCGAGGACAUUGCCCGCUUCCUCAAGUGGAUGUACAUUGACGUGCAGAAGGAGUGCAUCCCUGAGCUUGAGGCUGCUGGUCUCACCUGGAAGCAGGCUCGCCCCCACAUCUCCAACGCUGCAAAGCGCUGGUGGUUUGCUGAGCCGGACGGCGACGACGACGAGUGA